AUGGCGUCUCCCCGUGGGGCUAGAGUGCCGCCUUCAGGAUCGUCAAGACCGCCACAGGGCGUUGCUUGCUCCCAGUGUGGGUCUCCGGCGCGGCCCCUGUCUCGGUCUCGCCACAACGUGGCAUCCCCGCCUCCGCACGACUUGCCGUUUGACGCAGGCGGUCGAUCGCCGUCUGUCUCUCCUCAGAACCUGCGGUUGGAGGCGCUCCAGCGAGAGACCUUUCCCGCCGCAGCCGAGCUGUACGCCUCUUCCCGGGACUCCAAGGCCGCUCUGUCUCCCCACGCUGCGCUCCUGCAGAAGAGCCCCUCGCAACGUGCGGCGUCCUCUCGCUCUCGCAACUCGCCUUCCCAGGCGAUUCCUUCCUACACCGUCUACCACUCUGGUGGCUUUCGGGCAGCCACAUCGACCGGUGCUGACGCUUCUCGUUUUGCGUCUUCUUUCGUUUCUCCGGAUUCCUUCGCUCCCUCGCUCCCUGCUUCCAGGCGAGGUCUCCUUGAAGUGCACUCUCCUGAACGCCAGCUCACGCCGGGGACAGGCUCCAGCGGGCGCGGGGCCUCGCCCCUUCCCUCCGUCGUGGGGUCUCCUCCCCAGUGGGGACUCCCGAGACACUCGCCGACGGCGAGGAACAGCCCGUCCGGAGCCGAAAUCGACCGCGCGCGGCGGGCGGGCCCCGAGACUCCUGGCUCACCCUGCUCAGACCUUCCCCUGUUUUUUAAGACGACACGGAAACCUGGAUGUCAGGCUCGGGUGGGGGCCGCGUCUUGCUCUCGCAAUAUUCUGCAGGAACAAGGAAGGCGAGUGGUUCAGUUUGGUGCGGCGUCGAAUCCCUCUCCGUUUCUCUCGAGUGGUGGGUCCGGGGGGAAAGGCCGGGAGAAGGCAGCUCCAGACGUGACUUGUCAGCCCUCUCUGUCUCCGAAUCUCGGCGCUUCUGGUCUCGCGUCCUCCACCGGUCGCCGCACGUCGGCUCCAAUGGACCGGACCGGUGGGCUGCGUGGACAAGCAGGGGCACUGGAGACAGCGAUGGAAGAGAGAGAGCGCGAGGCCUCCGUGUUCUCUUCCGAGGCAAAUGUCGGGAGGCCUGGAGUCGACUCAGAGUUCGACGAUCGCGAGAUAUCUCAGCAAGGUCUCAGUCCGGGCGAGACGUCGCCUGCAGCCACUCGCGUGGAGAAUGAAAGUGUCGUCGCUCAAGGCCUGCGAAAGGCCUCCCUCUUUGGGGCCCUCUCCCACAGAUCGUUCUACUACCAAUCCGUCAAACAACCUCGGCGGCCGUCCUCGUCCCCCUCGCGCCGUGUGACAGCUCCUGCUGGCCGAAAGGCAUCGCCGUUCAUCACUUCUUACCGUCCUACGAGAGACCGGGCCUUGUCUUCGGCAUCCUCUCGUUUUCCGCAUCCGACUCUCGCCUCGUCGGCUGCAAUCCUCGGCCACUCCGUGCGGCGACUGCCUCCGUUGACGGGAAGGAAAUAUUGGAAUGCGCCGUCGAUCCUCCCGCCGUGCACAUCGUCCCAGCUAGGCAGCCCCGGCGGCCGGCGCGUGCCUGCGUCCGUGGCGCCCUGUGGGGCACGACCGUGGCGAGGCGAGGCCGGCCCGAAGAGACAGGGAGGCCCCGCGAAACAAGAAGGCGGUGGGGGAUUGGGACUCGCAAAAAGCGGGAGGACUCUGAGUCCCCAGUCCCGGGGCCAGAGGGCGCCCGACAAGAUCGAGGUUCCGUCGUACCUGCCUACGCUGUGUUCCAUCUACUUGGAAGGGGCGCCUUCGGAGAGUGCACGGCGGUCGCGCUCCACUGUCUCCCCUAAGAAGGCUGCGCAACCGACGGGAGGAGACGGGCGUGGAGCGGCACCAGGGACGCGCGACUCGGGAGUUCACGAUCCCCCGGCCACGACCUCGACGGAUCUGUCGACUGGCGCCGCGUCGGUGGUGGCGGAGCAGUUGCUGCGGGCGGAAGGCGCGACUGCGGAGUGCCAGGCGCAGACAGGCGUAGGGCUGGGCGAGGAGGAGCUGAAGAACAUGGUCUCGGGCGAGGACGCGAUUGCGUUCUUCGCGCGGUACGGGGCCGCGACCAGCACAAAGUUUCUCUACUGCAACCGGAAGAAGAAGGGCGACGCGGACCAGUACAGCCUCGUGGUGGUCCCGGAGAAGGAGGCUGAGCCGGAACACUUUACGAUUUCUGCGACUGGAAUUGUGCACAUCUGUCCGGGCCGACCGUCGGAGUACAUGACCCUGUCGGACUUCUCGCACCAGGCGUUUGCGUUCUCCGUCCUGCGGUCGAUGCUCUUCUUCAAAACCUUCCUGCAGCGGAAACUCGUCGCUCUCUGGCGCGACAACGUCCGCCGGCUGAUCUACCGGCGGCAGCGGGCGCGGCUCGCCCGCCGGCUGUUUCUCGCGAAGCCGGUCUUUGCCGAUCACUUGAUGGAGAUUCUGGAGAUUCUCGCGGAGCUCCGCGGCGUGCCUCUCGUUCAAGUCCCCCUCCCCGGCGCGCUGUAUGACCUCGCGGCCUUCACGGCCAUGCAGACGGCCACGCGGUCGGACGUCAAGACCGGCGCGGCAAAGGCCAUCGAGGGCAAGCAGCAGCGCGUCCACCGCGCCCUGCAGCAGCUGAUGACGCGGCUCCACGAGGCGACGCUUCUGCCCGACGCCGACCCCCUCGAGACGGGCGCGCUAAGUCGGAGCAAAAGCAUGGUCCAGGCGAGCCAGGAGGCCCGCGAGCGCACGCGGCUCCUGCGCCUGGCCUUCGCGGACGAGGCGCAGUUCGGCGACUUUGUGCGGCUCGUCGACUCCAUCUUGGCGGUGCGCCUCGUCGACGCCGUCACGGCUGCGGCGCUGAAGCUUCGCGAGCGCUUGGGGGAGGAAAACGCAUGCAGCAAGUGGUUUCGCGUCCAGGUCCAGUUCGGCGAGGCGCGCGUCGAGUUCGUGCCGAGCCGCGACCAGUUCCAGGGGGCCUUGAGCGAGCUGUGGGACGGGACGGUGAGCGUGGUCAGCGGCGCGCCGUUCUUUGCGGCGAAUCGGCUCUACGAAGACUUUGUGAAGGUCCGCGACCGCCUCUCGGUCGAGCGCCUGCUGAUGAACUGCUCGGCUUUCCUCCAGACGAAGGAUGACAUCGAGCGACGCCUGACCCGCGACUUUGACCGCGCGCGCCGCUACGCCGACUCGUACUUUGCAGUCUACCGGCAGAUCUACGACUACGGCCAGGCAUGGGACGAGGCGGCAGUCUGUGCCUCGCUGCGGUCGCACGACGAGCUGAGCAACGAGCUGGAGGCGAUGCGGGACUUCCAGACUCGGCUCGAGAAGCUGAAUCCGACGCACGUCGUCGGGCUCUUCUCCAUCCAGGCCCACGACCUCAAGACCGCACUCAGCCCGAUCACGGAGGACGCGCUGGCGGCUCUCAAGCGGCUGCUGCUGCAGCGGACGCGCGAGCAUCUGCGGGCGACCGUGGCGCGGUACGAACAGACCAACGCGGCGCUCGACAGCCGGCCCACGAAGCUUCUCCCGUUCGCCGAGUUCGUGAAAACCUACAAGUUCACGCGGAGUCAGAUCGACGAGCUGGACCACGCGCAGGCGACUGCAGAAGACAUGUUUCAGCUGCUCAAGCAGUACGAGGUGCGCGUGGCGGUCGAAGACACGAUUCUCCUCGAGACGCUGAACAAGAACGCGGCGCUCUUCGAGAAGGAGAAGCUGCUGGGAGCCGCGGAGCACAUCCGCCGACACCUGGACGCGAUGCUCGCGGACGUGAAGCAGCAGAGCGCGCAGGUCGAGCAGGAGACGCAGGCGAUCUCGACAGCCUUGUCGGAGGAGCAGUUCCAGAACGUGAAGCUGAUGGAGGCUGCGCUCGCGGUCCUCGAGUCGCUACACUCGUACGACAGGCAAAUCGAGGACCUGGACGCGAAGGCAACCACGCUCCAGCAGACCCAGAAGCUCCUAAAUCCCGACGGUGCCUUCGUCUUCAAGCACACGGAGGCGGCGAAGAAACUCGUGAAGCCGAAGCUGAAGCUCUGGACCUGCGUGUACGAGUGGCAGGCGGCGACGACCCAGUGGAGCCAGGCGGACGUCUCCCAGUUGAACGGCGAAGAAGUGCAGACUCGCGUGAAGACGUUCCUAACCACCCUUCAGUUCCUCCACUGCGAGCUGCCGAACGACUCCGUCGUCGAGGCUCUGAAGCAGCAGGUCGAGCUCUGGCGUACGCGCCUGCCGACGCUUCUCGACUUGAACAACCCAGCGCUGCGGCCGCGCCACUGGGCCAAGAUCUUCCGUGCGCUUCACCUCGACAGGGAGGCGACGGGCCCCGUCCCGCUCGAGCUCCUGGAGGCCGCGGGGAUCUUUUCCCACGGGGAGUUGGUGGCGGAAGUCUCCUCGAGGGCCUCUGCGGAGCGUGCGCUGGAGGCGACGCUCGAGAGGCUCCGCGGAACCCUCGACCAGAUGGACUUUGCGACGAAACCCCUCGUGGACAACCCAGACUGCUUCCUCCUCGACGACGUCGGCGACUUGGUGACGCAGCUGGAGGAGAGCGCAGUCGCGCUCCAGUCCAUGCUCUUCUCGCCCUACGUCGCGGAGCUCCGCGCGCAAGUCGAGGCCUGGAAGGCGAAGCUCGACCUGACGGUUCAAGUGCUCAAGGAGAUGGUGGCCUUCCAGCGAGCCUGGGUGGCCUUCGAGGGCGUCUUCGCGAACGGCGACCUCGACCACUGGUUCGCCAGCGAAGCCGCAGCGUUUCGCCAAAUGAACGAGUUCUGGGCGGACACGAUGCGCCGCAUCCGCACCGAGACGGCGAAUGUGCUCGCAACCACCACAAGACCUGGGUUCUACGAGACGCUCCAGCAGUUCAACUUUGUCGUCGGCCGCGUCCAGAAGAGCAUCGCGGUCUACCUCGAGACCAAGCGCCAGGCGUUCCCGCGGUUCUACUUUUUGUCCGACGAAGAACUCCUGAAAAUCGUCGCAGCCGGGCACUCGCUCGACUUGCUCCAGAGCCUUCUGCCCAAGUGCUUUGACGGCGUGCAGAGGGUCGUGUUCACAACUUCGCCAUCGCCGCCCGCGCGGCCUUCGCGGUCGGUCUCGACGCUCCUCUCGCUUCCACGAACGUCGUCUGCGGCGCCCUCCCCACAGACGCAGCCAGGGGAGGCUGGCCCCUUUUUUCCCGCCCAGGCGCCGCCCGCGAGGCCCACGCAGGCGCCAGUUCCCUCCGAAGGCGCGAAGGCGGACGCGGAGACGGCCCCGGACGAGGCGAGGGACGGAGACGAGGGCCCACCGAUCGUCGCCAGUGGGAUGAUCUCCUCGGACGGCGAGUUCGUCCAGUUCUGCGACUUAGUCGUGCCCUCGGAGGUCCCCGAAACGUGCUUUCUGCAAAUGGAGCAAAGCAUGAAGUUCGCCCUCUACUCGCUCCUCCAGGAGGCCUGGCGAAACUACCCUGCGGCGCCUCUGGCCCGCUCCUCGUCGACGUCUUCCUUCUCCGCGGCCCUCGCGAAGCUGCAGGAGGAGAGGGAGACCGUCAGUGCCUUUGAGACAAAACGCGCGAGUGUGACGGGAAAUGCAAACUUGGGAAGAAACUAUUUGAACUGGCUACGACAGCAUCCCUCCCAGUGCCUCGCCCUCGCUGACGCGCUUGUCUUCACCGCCCUGGUGGAACGGGCUCUGGACAGAGAUCGGCGCGUCGAGGAGCGAGACGGGGAAAGAGACAGAGUGGAAGGCUUCGAGGGGACAGAAGAACGCCGCGAAAGACGAAUCAGCGAAGCGUCCAGCACAAGCGGCGGAACCGGAAGAAAACCCGAAACCCUCGCUGCGUGCAGAGCGACAGUCGAAGAGAACAUAACCAGACUGGUGGUGUUCCAGCGCCGGAAGGGUUUCCCGUUGAAGACGUCGCAUGCGGAGGCCUUGAUUACGCAGCUCGUGCACCGCAGAGACGUGGUUGCGAGCCUGGAAGAAGCAAAGUGUGCGUCGUCUUCCGAGUUCGAGUGGCAAAAACAUCUUCGGUACUACUGGAAUUCCGACGUCGACGACUGCUUUGUUCGCCAACAGGACAUGAGCUUCCAGUACGCGUACGAACUUUCAGAGUGCCCGCGUCGCCUGGUGAUCACGCCUCUGACAGAAAAAUGUUUCUUGACCCUCACUGGAGCUUUGCGGCUAUCGUAUGGAGGCGCGACAACAGGGCCUGCGGGCACAGGCAAAACCGAGACGAUUAAAGACCUCGCGAAGGCCGUCGGGGUUCCGUGCGUGGUGUUCAACUGCUCCGCCGAGCUCGACUGUCAAAUGACAUCGCGGCUAUUUAGCGGCUUGGCGCAGGCGGGCGCCUGGUCCUGCCUUGACGAAUUCAAUCGAAUUGACGUCGAAGUCUUGUCCGUCGUUGCCCAGCAAAUGCGAAGUGUACAGACAGCGGCACGAGCGAAUCUCGACGAGUUCGAGUUCGAAGGCAGAAACAUUCGGCUCAACAAACGGUACGGCGUCUUCGUCUCGAUGAAUCCAGGAUACGCGGGGCGCGCAGAACUCCCGGAAAAUCUGAAGUCUCUUUUCCGGCCCGUCGCAAUGGUCGCACCAGACCUCGUGCGAAUCGCAGAAGUUACGCUGUUUUCGAGCGGCUUCCGAACUGCCGAGACGCUGGCGAAGAAGCUCAUCACUGUCUUCGAGGCUGCGGCGAAGCAGCUGAGUGAUCAGCCUCACUACGACUUUGGCAUGCGAGCCGUGAAGUCUGUUCUCUCGCGCGCCGCCUCUCUGAAAGAAAAAACUUUGGCCACGACAGACGAAGAUUAUCUCCUCGUUACAGCCGUGACUGCGACGACCCUACCGAGGUUGCUGGAGGGAGACUGUCCCGUUUUCCUCGGUCUCGUUUCGGACACCUUCCCCGAGUGCGCUGUGGGUGCGCCGCAGUCUCUGCUGCUCAAGAAGGCCAUAGAGGCGGAGCUGAGAAGAAGAGACAUGCAAGUUUCGGACACGAUGGUGACGAAGGCGCUGCAGCUUCACGAGACACAAAGUGCGCGAGUCGGCGUCAUGGUGGUGGGAGCACCGGGGACCGGGAAAACUUCGUGCAUUUCAGUCUUGGCGGCGGCCAUGACCGAUCUCGCGCAAAGGUCCGUGGGCCAUGGCGAGGAGACGGAAGGCGAAAGCGAACAAGAGAGCGAAAGGCAGAACCUGUCAACUGACCAAGAUGCCGGAGGAGCGACUCGGAUCGUCAAAGUGAAUCCGAAGGCUCUCGAGCUCGCUUCCCUGUUUGGCGAAACCAACGAGGCUACAAAGGAAUGGACAGAUGGCAUUGUCGGCAUGGAAGUGCGGAAGGCCGCGCAGGAGGCAGGGCGCAAAUGGUUCGUGUUCGACGGCCCCUUGGACGCCUUGUGGGUCGAAAACCUGAACUCGGCGCUUGACGACAACAAGGUUUUGUGUCUAACCAGUGGGGAAAGGACGAAGUUGCCGCCGUCGUUGACGUUUGUGUUUGAAGUCGAUAGCUUGGCGAACGCCUCGCCUGCGACCGUCAGCCGUUGCGGCGUCGUCUACCUCGAGGACAGAGACCGCCGGGGAGUCGACGCCUUCAUCCAGUCUUGGGCGCAGCAGCUGGAGAAGGAGUUCCCCUCCUACGCCAGCAACUUGCGGAGAUGGACACUCGAAAUCUGCAUGGAUGCACUCCCUUUCAUAAAAAACGAGUGUACGGAGGCAGCCCCUUCGCUGGACAUGACGCGCGUCGCCACGCUUUGCCGGUUGACUUCCUCUUGGCUGUCCGACGAGGCCGUGUUUCCACGCGAAGACGAAGAGCGAGAGGCGUUGCUCUCGGCCAUGUACUGGACACUUGCCGUUGUCUGGGGCCUGGGCGGGAGUUUGUCGGAGGAAAGUCGCCCGAAACUCUCUCGCUUUCUCUUGCCUCGGCUGCGGGCCAAAUGCCCGGAAAUCGGCGAGCUCGGGGAGCACGUGGACCUCUUCGCGCUGUCGGUACACCCGGAGAGCCUCAGCUUCGUUUCCCUGCGCUCGCUCUUGGUGCCGCGCGGGCCGCCACCCCCGGCGCGGCUGAACUCAGGGAGGCUUGGACACAAAAACGAGUGUGGAGAAGACGCCGACACCAGGCUGACCGGCGAGGGCGGCGAGGCGGGGCGGCAAAGCGAGGGACGAGUGCCUGCUGAGAGACUCGAGUUGGAAGGCCAGGAAAGUCUCCACGAAAUCUUCAUUCCCACGGAACAAACUGUCGCCGAGAAGAUGCUCCUCGACCAACUUCUUGCGGGAGACAUGAGCUGCUUCCUCUGUGGCGAGACUGGGCAAGGCAAGACGGCGAGUGCGACUGCGUACAUGCGCGAGUUGCCGCAUGAGGUGGGAAGAGGUUCUCUGCGACUGACUGCGCGCACGGGCGCCCGAUCCCUGCAAGCACUGCUGGAGUGGAACCUCGUGCGAAGACGCCGCCUCGCGCUCGGCCCGCCAGCAGACCAGACGCGCGUUCUGCUCCACCUCGACGAUGUGAACAUGCCCACCCCGGAUGCCUCCGGCGCGCAGCAGCCCCUCGAGUUCCUCAGGCACCUUCUCGACAGCGGCGGCUUCUACGAUCCCCAAAACCUCCAGUUCAAGACCAUCCAAGAAACGCACUUCCUCUUGGUCGCUGCGCCGCCACACGGCGGCAGGCCCAAAAUCUGGAAUUUUGACUCCCUCGACCUCGUUUUUGGGCCGUUGCUUCGGGAGUGGAUGACGCGGAAUCUCCCGACCUUGGAGGAUCUGCGAGAGAAACUCGUGACGCUCACGCUCGACACGUAUCUGAAAGUUCCCCCGCUUCUUCUGCCGACGCCUUUCAAGCCGCACUACACUUCGGACCUUCGUGAUCUCGCACACGUCCUGCAAGGCAUCAUGCUCGGCGACCGGAAUGCCAUCACCGAUGACGCAACGCUAGUCAAACUGUGGUUCCACGAAACGUCCCGUCAAUUUGAAGACGGCCUCGUGUCUUCGUCGGACCGUCUUCUUCUUCACGAGUUUCUAACGCGGCAAGUCUCACGCCAUCUGGGUCUCGCCGCCUCCGCCGCUGUCGCUUCCUCCCCGUUCGUGUUCACCGCCUUGUCGCACUCCGGGAGAUUCACAGGGCCCUACAAGCUGAUGGACGGAGACGGGCGGGAACUCGAACAGGCCUGCUCGCGAGCUCUGGAAGAGUACCAACUCAACCCGCCUCCGUCGCCACAUGCGAGACCCCUGGUCAACUUUGUCUUCUUUGCGGACGCGCGCAAGCACCUUCUCAGGCUUUGUCGGAUUCUUGCGCUGCCUCGCGGAAACGCGCUGCUGCUUGGAGUCGAAGGCUGCGGGAGGCAGAGUUUGACGCACAUCGCCGCCCACGUGGUUGACGAGACGCUCUACACGAUUCACGCGAGCAGUCGCUACGGGGCUGCAGAUUUCAGGCAAGACUUGAAGCGCGUUCUCCAGAACCUCGCUUCCGACAAGAAGCCCGUCGUUUUCUUGCUAGCUGAUUCGCAAAUUCGCCACGAGCAGUUUCUCGAAGACCUCGUCAGUCUGAUGGUCGCAGGGGAGAUUCCCGACUUGUUCGAUCGAGAGGAAAGAGAACACCUGCUGCUUGCCGGUCGCCGAAGCGGGCCCGAACCGCCCGCUUCUUCCUGGGUAACAGAAGAGACGCUCGGAGGGAGCUCGCCUACCUUCGAGGCUCCUUCACUGGGCUUCAGACAUCCAGGGGUCGGAUUCCCGGCCUUUUCCGAUGCGGAGUGGUUGGGCUUCACUCAAGCCGUGCGGAAGCGCCUGCACGUCGUCCUGGCCAUUUCCCCUGUCGGGCAGUCGCUAAGGUCUCGGUGCCGACAGUUUCCGGGACUGCGAAGCUGCACGACUGUCGACUAUUUCGAUUCGUGGCCGAAGGAAGCUUUGGUCUGCGUCGCGAAUCAUCUGUACACACAGCAGCCGAACCUGAUUCCACCCCAAGACGUCGCCGCUCUUAGCGCAGUCUCCUCCGAAAUCCACGCCAGCGCGGUCGCUGCGCAGGAGGCUUUCUGCCGGGAACCUGGCCACCGGGCGUACGCGACAGGGAGCAGUUUCGUCCAGUUUCUGCAGACGCAUCUUCAUCUGCGAGAAACCGAGACAGCCGUCAUUCAGGAGAAGACGCAGCGCUACCGCCGAGGCAUUUCCCGUUUAGAAGACACAACCAAACUGGUUGAGCAACUCAAGCACGACCUUCUCAAGACUCAGCCGGUCCUCGAGGCAUCGAAGCGAGAUACGCAGCAGCUGAUGGCUGCACUGGAACGCGAUCGCCAGCGAGCGGACGAGGUGGAAGGCGCCUGCGACGCAGAACGCCGCGCCGCCGACGCCGCGAGGGCCGAGGCUCAGAGCAUCAAGGACGACUGCGAAGGCGACAUCAACCGCGUGCUGCCAGAGCUGCUGGCGGCGCUCAAGGCGCUGGACGCCCUCGACAAAAAGGACAUCCAGGAGCUGAAGUCCUUCCUGAAUCCGCCCGCACUGGUUGAAACCGUCCUGCAGGCUGUCUGCCUGCUCGUGGGGCGGAAGCAAACUUGGGAGGAGGCGAAAAAGCUGCUGAACGAGACGAGCCUGCUGCAGCAACUCCGCGACUUUGACCGCGACCACGUGCCGAGUCGCCUCCUCGCCCAAGUGCAAAAGUUCACAGCCUCGGAAAACUUCACGCCCGAGAAAGUCAACCAGGUGUCCAAAGCAGCCACGUCGCUGUGCAUGUGGGUGCGCGCUGUCGAGCGAUACGCCGUGGUCACACGCGAGAUGGAGCCGAAGAAAGAGCGUCUCGCGAUCGCCGAGGCGGCUCUGGCGGCCGCCGAAGAGACGCUCGCCGAGAAGCACUCUGUCUUGAGGAAGGUGCACGCUGGCAUUCGCCUGCUCGAGAAUCGGAUCCAAGCCUCGCGGGAGCGUGCCGAGGAUCUCCAGGCGCAGAUCGCCGACGCGCAGGUCAGACUCGCGAGGGCCGAGAAGCUCCUGCGCGGAGUCGCGACUGAGGCCGCGCGCUGGUCGGAAGAAGCUCGCCAGCUGGACGAAAAAGCUGAAACGCUCUCUGCAGACAUGCUCCUCUCUGCAGGCAUGCUCUCGUACGGGGGGCCGUUUACGGCCGCCUAUCGCAAGUCGUUAACAGAUCAGUGGCUAGCCAAAUGUGGCGGCGAGACGCUGCGCGCGUCUGCUUCUUUCUCUCUCCUCCGCGUUCUCUCGAGCCCAGAAGAGGAAAGAGAGCUAAAUUUGCAAGGCCUGCCUGGAGAUCGCCUGAGCCUCGAGAACGCCGUCAUCGCGACGCACGCCGUCCGACGCAACCGAUGGCCUCUCCUGUUGGACCCCCAGGGACAAGCGAGAAAGUGGUUGCGCAGAGCACACACGCUCUGGUCUUCUUUCUCUUCCUCUUCUCACGCUUCUCACUCUUCUUCUUCUUUCUCUGCUUCUCACUCCUCUUCUUUCUCUGCUUCUCACUCCUCUUCUUCCUCUGCUUCUCACUCCUCUUCUUCUUCCUCUUCUUCCUCUGCGGUUUUCUGUUCUGAGGGGUCUGCUGGAGCGAGCGAUGCGACGAAGAGUCUCUUGGGCUCGAGCGGAGAGAGCGGGGAAAAAGAGAGGCCAGAUGGAAGAACGCAGGAGGGCGCAGGUCGCGCUCGAGAGACAGAGAGAGAUCAAGGAGUCCCGAGUUUCUCUGGAUGCCCAAGGACGAAUCAGCCUCCGAACGAAGGCGCACCCGCGUCUUUUCCGGACGGAGAGAGUAACGAAAUCACUUCGGGGCCAGCGUCAGCGAGAGAGCGGCGGGGACACUCGAGCCCAGACGCGAACGUGGCAAGAGAAGCACAAGAGGAUUCCGAAGAAGAGAAGGGGAACAGCCAGGAAUUCCAGGUCAAACUUAAUUCACGCUCUCCCACCUUUCUCGAUCAACUGGCAAACGCCGUCAGCAUAGGCGCCCACAUUCUCGUCGAGCUCGCAGAAGACUUUCUGGACCCAGUUAUUGAUCAGUUUCUCGAGAAGCCCACCUCUCCUCUCGUGCAUGCGGGAGGGCCUGUCUCGUGGAACCCCGACUUCCGCCUCGUGUUCGUCACCUCGCAUGCCAAUCCUUCGUUCGGGCCAGGCGUCUUCAGUCGUGUCACGGUCAUCAAUUUCGCCGUCACUGCCGCCGGGCUAGAAGAGCAGUUGCUGAUCGAAGUUGUGAAGCACGAACGGCCCGAGCUCGAGGAACAGAGAGACGCGCUUGUCGUGGCGAUCGCCGAGGACACGCGACGAAAGCAGCUGAUAGAAGAAGACAUCCUUUCGCUCCUCGCUGGAGCUACGGGGGACAUUCUGUCGAACGACACGCUUGUCGAUAUGUUGGCGGCGUCGCGGAGCACGGCGGAAGGCAUUCAACAAAGAAUGCGGGUGGCCGAGGAAACAGCCAAGACCCUCGACCGGGCACGGGAUCUCUACCGAGGCGUUUCGGCGCGCGGCGCGCUCCUGUUCUUUGUAGUCGCGGCCUUGAGUCGGCUCGACGCGAUGUAUCGACAGUCGCUCCAUUCGUUUCUCAGGAUUUUCCGACAGGUGCUGGAGCAAACGGAUCGAGAGCAGAGCGAUGUCGCACAACGCGUCGCUCUGCUUCAGCGGGAACUGAAUCUUCAGGUGUACCGCAAGACCUGUCACGGUCUCUUCGAAAGACAUAAAUUUUGCUUCGCCUUUCUCAUCGCGCUCGCCAUCGACAAAGCGCGAGGCGUACCGUUGAAGGAAGAAUAUGAUUUUCUCACCAGAGGCUGUCCCGCAAGCGGCGAGCUGCAUGCGCGCGUGAAGGACGUUGCUCGUGAUCGCCGCGUCGCUUGGCUAGCUGAGAAGAACUUGCAGCAGGUGAUUUACCUCGACAGCCUGGGGGGCAACUUCGCAGGGGUCGUGCAUGCGGUGCUCGCCAAUCCUGAAGCCUGGCAGCGUUUUGUGGCUUCAGAUUUCGACUUUUCCUCUUCGCUUCCCGACGGGUUCGAAGAGAAACUGAGCCCCUUCCAAGCCUUGCUGCUCACCAAAGCUCUCAGGCCGGAGGAUCUGGUGCAUGCAGCGCGGAAAUAUGUCCUGCAGCGGCUGGGCGUGGAAUUCGUGGAGCCGCCGCCGAGGUCGCUCAGCGACGCUUUCCGCGGCACGAGCGCCCGCACGCCCAUGCUGUUUCUUCUCUCGUCUGGAGUCGAUCCGAGCGAGGAAAUCCGACGCCUGGCUGAGGAAGUUGGAGCAGACCGCGGAAACCUGCACACUGUUUCCCUCGGCCAGGGCCAAGCUGCAAGAGCCGCCGCGCUAGUCGCGAAAGCGAGAGAAACGGGAGGAUGGGUCUGCCUGCAAAAUUGCCAUCUUGCCCACUCCUUCAUGCCGACGCUUCAGAGCCUCCAUGAAGAACGGUGGACGGUUCCUCUACAUCGGAAUUUCCGACUUUUCCUCACGUCUAUGCCAUGCCCGUCGUUCCCGACCUCGCUUCUCGAAUCCUCCAUCAAAAUCACCAGCGAACCUCCCGCCGGUCUCAAAGCCCACUUGCUGCGAACGUACACCGAGCGCGAAGAAACGCGCGACGCUGUCAUGAGGGCAGUCGAGGAAAGAAGAGAUUUCCAGAGACUCUUUUUCGGCCUCGCGUUCUUCCACGCCGCGGCUCUGGAGAGGCGGAAAUUCGGCGCGAUCGGUUGGAACAAUUUCUACGACUGGACGCCCUGGGACUGCUUGGUCUCCCAGCGCCUGCUGACAGGGUACAUCGCCGCAACGGCCAGCAGCGGGGCAGCCUUUCCCUUCGACGCGUUGACCUUCUCCACGGCCCAACUGAACUACGGCGGCCGCGUGACCGAUGCCAGGGACUUGAGGGCUCUCGACGCGCUCUUGAGGAGCUUUGUGUCGGAAAAAACACUCGCUCCAGAGUUUGCGCCGCCUCAGUCGCCUCUCUAUCGCUUUCCAGAUGUCACGACCUUCGACGGGUGCCGCCAGUACAUCGAACGGUUGCCUCUGCAAGACCCGCCGGAAGUCUUUGGGCUUCCGCGCAACGCAAGUCUGAUGCUCAAAGAACGCGAGGCCCACGAGUUCCUCUCCUCGAUAGCGGCGACUCAUCGCCCGCGGUCUUCAGAGUCGGCGAAGACGCGACACUUCUCCGACUUGUCCGUGGCGAAACUCGUCAACGAGCUGCUGAAUCGGCUUCCGCCGCUGCUAGAUCGACAUCAGGCGCAUGCCUCGGCCUUCGAAGCAAAGAGAAACAGUGCCACGAAGAUGCUCGAGCUCGACCCCUUGGCUGCUUUUCUCUCUCACGAAGUCCUCAAAUUCAAUGCGCUGCUCCAAGUUGUUCGGGCCUCGUUGCGCGAGCUGCAGCAGGCCAUGAGUGGCAACGCGCUGAUGUCGGCUACGGUGGAAGAAACGUACCAAGCGCUAGUUGAUCAACGCGUGCCUCCUGCGUGGGCUCGAGUUUCCUACGCUUCAAUGAAGCCGCUGGCCGCCUGGUUCACUGACAUGGGUCAGAGAGUCGAGCACAUCAGAGAGUGGAUGACCCGUGGGCAACCGAAGUCUUUUUGGCUGCCUGCAUACUUCAGCCCGGACGCUCUACUAGCAGCUGCUAUUCAAGCACACGCGAGGCAGUACAAGGUGCCGGUAGACUGCCUCACUCUGAAGGCCACCGUGGUGAAGGCGAGGGCGUCUUACCAGCUGGCGGCUUUUCCUCCACGAGGCAUCUACGUCCACGGGCUCUUUCUGCAGGGGGCCGGAUGGAACGCCUCGGAACAGAGGUUGUGCGAAUCAGAAUUAGGUGUCUUGUUCGAGCCGAUGCCCGUCAUUCUGCUUGAACCCGGUGCACCUGUGGAAGAGAGACGCACCAAGGAAGAGCCCCGCUUUUACUCGUGUCCUCUGUACAAAACACCCGAGCGAAAGGGAGUGGGCAAUUAUAUCCACUCUCUCGACUUGCCUACAGAUCAUCCGCCGGUGCACUGGAUUCUCCGAGGAGUUGCGCUCCUAUGCCAAGACCCCACUUGUUGA